AUGCUCACCAAACGAAACAACGCCCAGAAGCCUGAUGGUGAGUUCAUUCGUCGCUUCCAACAAGUCUUCUCAGACAUUGUUCCUCGCCGAGAGAUUCCAGGUCCAGGAGUGCCAACUUCAAGACCUCUCAAUGUGAGGGCUAAGGACCAUGAGGUGCCUUCAAACGACAUAAAAAUCGAAAACCACGACAUAAAAUCCACCAUGAACGGCACCGAAAAAAGUACAGCUCGGAAUAUGCGUGACAUGAACUUGACACUCUCGGGGAUGUCACCUGGUCUUUACUCUAUGAUUCCAUCCGCCAACCAGAAUUCUUGCUUUUAUACCCCAAACUCUGGUGGCAUGGGUGCCAUUUUUCAUAAUCAGGCCGGAGACUUGCACACUCCAACGGGAAUGUAUCUUACACCAGGUUCCCAACACCCACACAGCCAAGGCUUUGAAUUAUUCCACCCGCAGUUUAUGCCCAACUAUAUGCCUGAAAUUAAUUUAUAUGCUCAUCAGGCUUCGUAUGCCCCAAGUGCCUUCAUUCGCCAGGGUUCGGAAUAUGACGACAUGGAUUCUUCAGCUGAUGCUUCCUCCAUCAACAAUUUUCAGCUUGAGACGGCGUCCAAAAUGACAGUAUCUACGGACUUCUCGGCUCAGAUGACUGGCUGCAUGUCAUAUGCUAGGGGUGAACAAUUCCGUUUCAAUAUCUCCCUAUGCGCGCCAACCGCAAUGGUGAGAAAUGUGAAAGAAAUUCCCAUUACCUAUCUCAACAAGGGCCAUACAUACAAUAUUCUCGUUCAAGACUCGAAUCCACCCACAAUAAACCCUGAACCGAUUCGAUACAGAACAUCUCUCCGUGUUUCUUUCGAAGAAGAACAACAACGGAUAGAUGCGCCAAGAUGCUGGCAACUGUGGAAAGAAGGCCGGGGCACAAACGAGGCGCGCCAACGCGGUGGAAAAUUGUUGGCAGUCGAAUACGUCGACACCUUCAAAGACGGCGGCGAGAUCCACCAGAAUGGACAAGUUCAAGUUGAAAACAUGUCCGUGGACGGCUUCUGCGUCACUUGGACUGCCAACCCAGCGACCGGCACAAGCGGUUGCAAAAUUCCUGUGCGAUUCAACUUCCUCUCGACUGAUUUCAGCCACUCUAAGGGUGUUAAAGGAAGUCCAGUCAGACUUUGCGCGAAAACCGAAAUUUUGUCAACUGGUGAGGAGUUGGGUGUAACGCACGUGGAGUUGGCUUACUGCAACGUGAAACUCUUCCGAGACCACGGUGCCGAGCGCAAGAUUUCCAACGACACCAAGCAAGUUCAGAAGACCAUCGACAAGCUUAAGCAGCAGGUCUCAGAAGCUGAGAUAGGCGGUGGCUUUGUCAAGCGCAAACGCGGCAACAAGGCUUCGGCUACUGUAAAGGGAAUCAACCGUCCUAUGAAACAGUCAAAGUAUAAGCGUACUUUGUCGAUGGCCUCAGACGAUGGGCUGACCGAGAAUAUCUCUUUAAGAGACGAUCUUCAGUCCAAGUUAGCCAUAAUGCAAGAAAUGUUUUCCUCGGCCCGCUCUGUUAGCGUCUUCGGUUUGCGCGGCGACCAAACCGAUGAUCCAGAUAUAUAUCCGAUUCGGCUGUCAGGUGCUAUAGAGGCUAUUCAACCCGAGGACAUGAGUAGCCAAAACACGGGUGACUUAUGGUCAGCGGAAGCGAUGAUUCCUUCCCCGGCUAACAGUAACUCCUUCAAUUCACCACCUCUGACCUCCACAAAAUUGACAAAGCGCCCAAUUCCCGUCCAGAGAAUCCCAACUGCUGACCAAGUCUCAAGGGGUUUCCUUGAGGCCGUGGGUAUUGAUUCGAAUUAUCGGACCCCGUUGAAAAGCAGACCCAAGCCGAUCGCAUGCUUUUACGUUCGAUUCAGGGCCACGGAGAAGUUCCCCGAGGAUUAUUAUUGUGCAGUUUACCUGUCAGAACGAACUUCCCGGGACCUGAUAAAGCAAAUAUGCGCCAAACAGCAGAUCGAUCCAGUUUGCAUCGUCCGUAUGAUACAUGUCAAUGAACAUGGCAUGCGCAUCCUGGUCGACGACCACGUGGUCUGCGAGCUUCCAGAAGGGCAAGACAUGGUAGUCGACAUUUCUGAGGCAUCUGGUGCGGAUGGCAAUAAUGUCAUGGAGAUCAUAUCAACAUACUAA